CGCACUCCGCACGGCACGCCGCCGCAUCGGCGUGACGAGUUGUUGUUGUUGGCUUGUUGCUGGUGCAGCCGCGCCGCGCCGCGCGUGCUCGGGUAUAAAUGCCGCAGCCGAUGCCCGUUUAUUUCGAUUAUUUUUUGUUAUAGGCGAUCGAUCGAGCCACCUGUAGCCGAACGCCUCACUGGCCGGCGGCGAGGGAGAGACGAGAAAAGGCGGCGGCGCCGGCGGGUGAUGGGCAGCGUGGCGAUGGACUCCGACUACGGCGUGCCGCGCGAGCUGUCGGCGCUGCAGAAGGCCCGCGCGCUCUACCGCCCCGACCUCCCGCCCUGCCUCCAGGGCACCACGGUGAAGGUGGAGUACGGCGACGCGGCUAUCGCGGCCGACGUGGCGGGCGCUCAUGUCAUCAGCCACGCCUUCCCGCACACCUACGGCCAGCCGCUGGCGCAUUUCCUCAGGAAGACUGCUGCUGUGCCGGAUGCUACCGUCAUAACAGAGCACCCUGUUGUCAGGGUUGGUGUUGUCUUCAGUGGGAGGCAGUCCCCAGGUGGGCACAAUGUUAUAUGGGGACUCCAUGAUGCUAUAAAGGCUCACAACGCAAACAGCAAGCUCAUUGGUUUCCUUGGAGGAACUGAUGGAUUGUUUGCACAGAAAACUUUGGAGAUCUCCGAUGAGGUCCUUUCCUCUUAUAAAAAUCAAGGUGGUUAUGAUUUGCUUGGACGGACAAGGGAUCAGAUCAGAACAACUGAACAAGUGAAUGCUGCAAUGACUGCUUGCCAAGCCUUGAAGUUGGAUGCUCUUGUAAUAAUUGGAGGUGUUACAUCCAACACGGAUGCUGCUCAGCUUGCUGAGACUUUUGCUGAGUCAAAGUGUUCAACAAAGGUAGUUGGUGUUCCUGUAACUCUGAAUGGGGACCUUAAGAACCAGUUUGUUGAGACAACUGUUGGUUUUGAUACCAUAUGUAAGGUGAAUUCGCAGCUCAUAAGCAAUGUCUGCACUGAUGCUCUUUCUGCUGAGAAGUAUUACUACUUUGUUCGGCUGAUGGGACGGAAAGCAUCUCAUGUGGCUUUGGAAUGUGCUCUUCAAUCGCAUCCAAAUAUGGUUAUACUAGGUGAGGAGGUUGCUGCAUCAAAACUUACAAUUUUUGAUAUCACGAAGCAGAUAUGUGACGCAGUCCAGGCAAGGGCUGAAAAGGACAAAAAUCAUGGUGUUGUACUUAUUCCUGAGGGACUUGUUGAAAGUAUCCCUGAAUUAUAUGCUUUGCUUCAGGAAAUUCAUGGGCUACAUGAUAAAGGUGUUUCUGUUGAGAACAUAUCUUCUCAUCUUUCGCCUUGGGCUUCAGCUCUAUUUGAAUUUUUGCCUCCAUUUAUUAGGAAACAGCUACUUCUUCAUCCUGAAUCCGAUGACUCCGCUCAACUUUCUCAGAUUGAGACUGAGAAACUUCUAGCCCAAUUAGUUGAAGCAGAAAUGAACAAACGUCUGAAGGAAGGCACUUACAAAGGAAAGAAGUUCAAUGCAAUUUGUCACUUCUUUGGCUACCAAGCCAGAGGUGCCCUACCCUCAAAGUUCGACUGUGAUUAUGCUUAUGUUCUUGGGCAUGUAUGCUAUCACAUCUUAGCUGCUGGCUUAAAUGGCUACAUGGCCACUGUGACAAAUCUUAGGAGUCCUGUGAACAAGUGGAAAUGCGGUGCUGCUCCUAUUACUUCCAUGAUGACCGUAAAGCGAUGGUCACGAGGACCAGCUGCCAGUCAAAUUGGGAAGCCUGCUGUUCACAUGGCGAGUAUCGACUUAAAAGGAAAACCAUAUGAGUUGUUGAGACAAAACUCUUCCAGCUUCUUGAUGGAAGACAUCUACAGAAACCCUGGUCCUCUGCAAUUUGAGGGACCAGGUGGAGAGACAAAGCCGAUUUCAUUGUGUGUCGAAGAUCGAGACUACAUGGGGAGGAUCAAACAAUUGCAGGAGUAUUUGGAGAAGGUCAAAAGUAUUGUGAAGCCUGGAUGCUCCCAGGAUGUCCUGAAGGCAGCGUUAAGCGCCAUGGCCUCUGUGACAGAGAUGCUAACCAUCAUGUCUUCUCCCUCUUUCAGUGGCCAAGCAACCAUCUGAGAGCCAGUGAAGCUGAAGCCUGUCAUAUCCUGGUAUCCGUAUCUCUCUGUUUUGAGUGUCUCGUUUUUGGACCUGUGAAUUUGAGUGUGAUAGAGAUGUGUUGAGGAUGAGUUCUGGAACAGCAAUAAUUGCUCAAACAGGUCACUGCAUUGCGAGUGGUUUGUGUUCGAUUAUAUUAGAUUUGAGCUUACCGUUUUCUUUGGCGGCACUAUUAUGAAACGUGAGCUAGCACCUCUGAUUCCUCUGGGAAUCGUAGCUAUCUUGCCUGCACAGGAUGUGAGCUCAGAGAAUUUCGCCGUGAUUCAUAACUAUCUUUUCUGCAGAAGGAUGUUUUUUCACUUUACUCAAAAGUUCUCCUGGUGCUUGUGAAAUAACUUGCCGAGUGCGGAUUAAAAAUAGGGGAAGAAACAGUCAUGUAUAUCAAACUGAGCCCAAUGAUAGUGUAACUAAUCCUUAAUCUAGAGCUCAUGUUAAUUCAUCAAAAGAUGAAUAUAAAGUUUUGCUAUUUGGCACUA